GGAGGCUUCCGGUUUGUGCGGGAGCCGAACUUCGGGCGCGAGGCGACGACGACGACCUGUGGAAGGGGGUGGGGAGGGGAGCGGGUCGGGAGGGAGCGAGCGAGCGAGCGGCCGCCGCCAUGGCCUUGUCGGAGAGUCAGCUCAAGAAAAUGCUCGGCAAGUACAAGUACAGAGACUUAACUGUUCAAGAAACCGUCAGUGUUAUUACCCAGUACAAAGACCUUAAGCCUGUAAUGGAUGGAUAUGUUUUUAAUGAUGGCUCAUCAAGAGAAUUGAUGAGCCUUACUGGAACCAUUCCUGUGAUUUACAGAGGCAACACAUACAAUAUCCCGAUAUGCCUGUGGUUGCUGGAUACAUAUCCGUUCAAUCCCCCCAUCUGUUUUGUUAAACCCACUAGUUCAAUGACAAUUAAAACUGGGAAACAUGUUGAUGCAAACGGAAAGAUAUAUCUUCCAUAUCUACAUGAGUGGAAGCAUCCACAGUCUGAUUUGAUAGGACUGAUUCAAGUUAUGAUUGUGGUGUUUGGAGAAGAACCUCCUGUCUUUUCUCGGCCUACUAUUUCAGCAUCUUAUCCACCUUACCAGGCAACAGGACCACCAAACACUUCCUACAUGCCAGGUAUGCCAAGUGGAAUGUCUCCUUACCCCCCAGGACCACCUCCCAACUCAAGUGUUUAUCCAGGCUAUCCCUACCCUCCCCCUAGUGGACCAUUUCCAGCGACAACUAGCACACAGCACUACCCUUCUCAGCCUCCUGUGACUACUAUGGGUCCCAGCAGAGAUGGCACAAUUGGUGAAGACACUAUUCGAGCUUCACUGAUUUCGGCUGUCAGUGAUAAGUUGAGAUGGCGAAUGAAAGAAGAAAUGGACCGUGCUCAGGCAGAACUCAAUGCCUUGAAGCGCACAGAAGAAGACCUGAAAAAGGGUCACCAAAAGCUUGAAGAGAUGGUAACUCGCCUUGACCAGGAAGUGACUGAAGUCGACAAGAACAUUGACCUUCUGAAGAAGAAAGAUGAAGAGCUGAGUUCUGCCCUGGAAAAAAUGGAAAGCCAGUCCGAAAACAAUGACAUCGAUGAAGUUAUUGUUCCGAUGGCACCUCUCUAUAAGCAGAUCUUGAACUUGUAUGCUGAGGAAAAUGCCAUUGAAGACACCAUCUUUUACCUGGGUGAAGCACUGAGACGUGGAGUUAUUGAUCUUGAUAUCUUUCUAAAGCAUGUUCGCCUCUUGUCUCGCAAGCAGUUUCAACUGAGAGCACUUAUGCAGAAGGCCAGGAAGACUGCAGGACUCAGCGAUCUCUACUGACCGUCACGGCUUGGUGGGGGAAGUGGUGUUCAGAAAUUCGUCAUAUUCUCAUUUCCUUUACUUUCUAAUCAGUAGGUAGCCAGAAUAAGUUAUUACAUUAUUCAAUUGUAAAAUAUUUUGAAUGGAUAAUAUAUUUUCUCUUUUUUUCUUGGUUAAGGACUAGCUUUUAUUAAUGCACUUUCUAUUCUCUGUAAACCUUUUUGCAUUGGUGGUCUGAUGGCUGAAUAAAACUUGCGUAACACUUUUCUCCUCGUACUACAUAUAUGUGUGAAUACUGUUUCUGCGCUGUCAUGUUUGUCCUUACGGAAAUAUCAGCUUAACACACAUUGUACGUUGCAACGACACGGAGGUGGUCUCAGCAAUGUCUGCCGCUAGAAAUAAUCCCGUCUGUGUAUUUUUUGUAUAAUGAAAAUUAGUAGGAUGCUGGGAUAAAAUGUUCGUUCUUAUUCAAAAAAGUUGUCUCGCAGCCUGAUCCCACGUCCGUGGUGUCUCCACUAAGAACUACCGUAUUUUCCGGCGUAUAAGACGACUGGGCGUAUAAGACGACCCCCAACUUUUCCA